CAUACAGCGUUUUGUCAGUCGACGGAACACGCCCGCUGAGAACGUUCGUAGAGCGGCAAAAAAUCGCUAGUGCUGCCUACGCUUUGUCUUAUCGUUCCUCCAUACCAACUGUCAAACGCAUGUUUUAUUGAUUUUUAUUGCGAGAAUUUUCCAUUUGCUAUAGUGUUUUCUUGCCAAUAAAGUGAAUGUGAAUAUUUUAUGUGCUUGAAGGACCUAUAGAAGUGUCAUUGAACAAGAUCAGUCAUCCGUUUCAUGCAUGUGUGGUGAACAUUCUGUGAUAGUGUCCUUAAAGAUCGAAGCAAAUUAGUGUUUUCAAGGCCAGUGGAAAGCAUCAAUGUAAAAAAUACUUGUUGGAUUGGUACUUAUAUUGAAUAAAAAGUAUCAUCGUUCGUGUUUGGCACCUACUUUGUAGUCACAGGAAGAGCCAAUGUUAUUUUAAGUGUUUGGCGUACCCCGAGAGGGUGACCAGCGAUGGUGGACUACUACAGGGUGCUCGGAGUCACCCGGACAGCCUCUGAGGGUGAAAUAAAGAAGGCAUACAGAAAACUAGCGCUCAAAUGGCAUCCAGACAAGAACCCCGACAACCCGGAUGAAGCUACAAAACGGUUCAAGGAAAUCUCUGAAGCAUAUGAAGUACUCUCAGAUGAGAGCAAACGGAAAGUGUAUGACGGGCGGGGCUCGGGCGCGCACAGCCACCGCUACGCCGGCAAGGGCGGCGUCAAUGGCCACCGACACUUUAGCUUCCGGGGGUUUUUCGGAGACACCCCGUUCCACCGCUUCUUCGAGAGGAAGCGUCGAGUGUACGACCAGUACGGCAAGGAGGGGCUGAGCGCGUCGCGCGGGCGGCGUUCCCACGUGGAUGACGACUAUGAGUUUGGCUACGCAGGCUUCCCCUUCACAUUCCGCGACCCCGAGGACGUGUUUAGAGAGUUCUUUGGGGGGUCCCCGUUCGCGGAUCUGCUCGCAGAAAUGAACGGCCACGGGCACCACCGGUCCGGGCGGCGCGGGCACCCGGGCUCCUCCCUCACCUCGUCACUCUUCAGCCCGUUCCGCAUGGCCGGCUUGGACGACAUGUUUGCGCACAACGGCAACUCCUUCACCUCCUUCUCCACGUUCAACAGCUCGCUCGCAGGUCCCGGGAGUGUGAAUAUGAGGAGUACCACGACCAGUACCAGGGUGGUGAAUGGCAAGAAGAUUACUACUAAGAAAAUUUCCGAAAACGGUCGGGAGACCAUCAUGUCCUACGAGAACGGGGUCCUGAAAUCAAAGACUGUGAAUGGAGUACCUCAAUCGCUCACGUACAGUUAAUUCAACUCGGCGCCAUCACGACCCAAUGACAACCGUUCACUGUACGCGUUGCGAGUUCCAUCUUAUUAAUUUUAGUUUGCUUCACGAGUUGCGUAGAUUACACAUUACCACGUAAAUUAACUUUCGCAUGACGGAUGGAGAAACCGCCAGUUUUCGUAAGGAAAAUGGCAAUGCUACUUCUAUAAUAGUUAUGGAGGUGUGAAAUAUGUGGUAAUGUUUCAUCUAUGUGUGUAGUAUCGAACACAUUGUAAAUUUUUAGUUUUUAUUGUGUAUUCUUAACAUAACUUUAAUUAGAUGUACCAACAUAAAUACGGGCUUUUUUAAUUGAGUUAAUUGAUCAUUUUGCUCAAUACAUUGUGCAGUUUGAACCAUAACUAUGGAAGAUUUCAAAGAAAUCACGGUGUUUCUUAUUUUGAAGCUAGUUUGAAAGUGGUGAGCGAUUUGGGUAAUAGCUUUGCUGAUUUUGUUGUAGUUGUUGUGAUAUAAUAGAACAGGACAUAGUUAUUUUUAGUGUAACUACCGUGGCUCGCUUGCUGAUUAUUAUACAUUAUAUAUUUUAUAAUUAUUCACUCAGACUUGUAGCUCAAUAGAACCAAUAUUUCGUAGUUUCCAUUUUGUAGUGAACGCGACGUAUAUAUUUUUUUAUCGCUUCUCAUUUACACACUGUUUAUAUCAUUUGAUGCAUUCACUCAAAGCGUAUAUUUUUAUAGAUACAACAUUUAUGCAAAUGACACAUCGCGGGAACGGUUCACGCGAGCUUCGUCUCAUUUGGUAGCAUCAUACACGUUCGUUUGAUCUACGAACUUAGUCGCGAGAUAAAGCUAACAUUUUAUAUGAACCGUAUUAUUUUGAAAAUUUGUAUAAAACAUAAUGUUAGGAAACUAAAAAAUUCACAGUGAGAAUAUUUCAAUAAAUGCUUAGUUCUUAAUUUCAGUAAUAACUAAGUUGUUUAGUCAGUUUCUUAUUGUUUCAAUUUAUUAACAUUGUGUUCAUUUUAAUAUACUUAGCAGGUUUCUAGGCUAAUAGCAGAUAGGAAACUAGAUUUGUUAUUGAAGAUAAUGUAAAUGAGCGCACGCCACACGCAGGUCACCGGGCGACAUCAGACAAGUCUGAUAAGACUGAGAUUAGCAAAUUGUUAUAAAUGGCUCGAGAAGAGUUCACUCGGGGCCCCCUGUACUCUACAAGGUUGCUCCAUAGUUUUUAUAAAAUUGUAGAAAAAACACCUUACUUUUAAAUUAUCAUUGACAUUUUGUACAGUCGACCAAAUGUAAGAAACCUCUUUUUGAUGCUAUCCAUUAUACGUGGUUGUUUGCAACAUACAAGAUUUUACAUCUAUCAAUAAUUGUUCUACAAUGAAUUAACUGGCUAUCAUAGGGCGUUUCUUACCUUUGGUAGACUUUAGUGACAUGACUGGUUCAUUUCGACAUAUUUGUACCUACUGUUAGUUUGUAUAAUGCUCAAUUUCAUUUGCCACCUGUAGGGACACGCGGCGAUUCAUCGAC